CUGGGGUGUAAAUGGUUAAUCAGAGUGGGUCAACCCCAGUCACCGAGACCCAACAAGCCUUUUAGGACUUCAAGGGUCACCACGACCACCAAAGGAGCAAUCCGAGGAUAUCCACGUGUGGCUAUGGCAUCCAACAGUCUUUUUAGCUCGGUGACUCCAUGCCAGCAGAACUUUUUCUGGGAUCCGAGCACCAGCCGCAGGUUCAGUCCGCCGUCCAGCAGCCUUCAGCCGGUGGCGGGGAAGAUGAGCGAUGCGCAGCAGGAACCGAACGCGGCGGUGCCGAGACUCCGACAGCACGACAACCGAACCAUGGUGGAGAUCAUCGCGGACCACCCCGCCGAGCUCGUGCGCACGGACAGCCCGAAUUUUCUGUGCUCGGUGCUGCCGUCUCACUGGAGGUGUAACAAAACUCUCCCCGUGGCGUUCAAGGUUGUAGCUCUGGGAGAUGUUCCUGAUGGCACCGUGGUAACAGUGAUGGCAGGAAAUGAUGAGAACUAUUCGGCAGAACUCCGCAACGCUUCCGCUGUCAUGAAGAAUCAGGUGGCACGUUUCAACGACCUGAGAUUUGUUGGCAGGAGCGGACGAGGAAAGAGCUUCAUGCUGACAAUCACAGUAUUCACGAAUCCACCCCAAGUGGCGACUUACCACCGCGCCAUAAAGGUCACCGUGGACGGACCACGCGAACCGCGAAGGCACAGACAGAAACUGGAGGACCCCCCUAAACCGCCGCUGUUCUCCGAGCGUCUGAGCGAGUUAGAGCGUUUACGCCAGAGCACCAUGAGAGUUGCCGUGCAAACCCAGAGUCCCCGACCGACUCUCAACGCCACGCCGAACUCCUUCAACCCACAAGGGCAAACUCAGAUCUCAGAUCCCCGGCAGGCACAAUCAUCUCCACCCUGGUCGUACGAGCAGCCCUACACCCCGUACCUGAGCCAAAUGACUUCGCCCUCAAUCCACUCCACCACCCCGCUGUCCUCCACCCGUGCCACGGGCCUGCCCACCAUCAGCGAUGUGCCGAGACGUCUCUCAGGUACGUCGGAUCUAAGCCCAUUUUCAGCCGACCCACGCCAGUUCGAGAGGCCGUUUGCGGGUAUCUCCUCGCUCACGGACAGCCGUUUCUCCAGUCCCAGAAUGCACUAUCCUGCAACGUUCACGUACACCCCCACACCGGUCACCUCCGGCAUGUCUUUGGGCAUGUCUACGACCACCCACUACCACACCUAUCUGCCUCCGCCAUACCCUGGCUCCACCCAAAACCAAAGUGGGCCCUUCCAGACCAGCAGCACGCCCUAUCUCUACUAUGGAGCUUCAUCUGGAUCGUACCAAUUCUCAAUGGUACCGGGGGGAGACCGAUCCCCCUCCAGGAUGCUGCCACCUUGCACUAGUGCAUCUACGGGCAGCACCCUUAUCAACCCCAACCUGCCCAAUCAGGCAGACGGAGGCGAGGCGGACGGGAGCCACAGCAGCUCGCCCACUGUGCUCAACUCCAACGGCCGGAUAGACGAAUCCGUUUGGCGGCCAUAUUGAGAAGGUCCAGUUGAAUGUGACCUCAACACAGCACUGUUAGCCUUAAGAACGUAGUGCGAGAGAUAUUUGCAUUCGUAAGCAUCAAGGGAAUUCAUUUCGGAAGCACAAACUCUUGUGCGGAAUAAUGGUACACCCGUUGGUACAAAGGUACUUAAUGUUGAAUGGCUGCAGUGUAGUUUUAUGAUUACACUGAUGUUUGUUUUUUGUGGUUGAGAUGGUUGAUUUACGGCAUAAGUCAAAUUGACAUUCCAUACAGCAGUCAGUGAUAUAGCACAUGGCAAUCACUGAAUUUAAAGGAACAGUUCACUCAAAAUGUAACUUCUUUCAUCAGUGACCCAUGUUGUUUAUACCCGUAUGAUUUUCUUUUUUCUGUAGAACACAAAAGGAGAAGUUUAACAGAAUGUUCACGCUUCACUUUCAACAAAAGCAUGCAAAAAGGAAAAAAAAAGCAUCAUAAAAGUCCAAUGACUUCUGCGCUAUUUUUCAAGCGUUCCGAAGCCAUGCGAUAACUUGUUUGCCGUCUGUCCUUGCUGUUAAAUCUCAAUCGCAUGUACGCACAAUACAAACUUGGCAUGUGAAGAUGCGCCAUUCCAGGUUUGAUGUCACUGAGUGCAUUUACAUGCAUAUAUCUGACAAAAAUCAGUGUAUUUUAUGGCUAUUUCUAAUGAGGCAUGCGCACAACACUUGCACACAUUGGAUACGCUGAUAAGAAUGCAGAUAAAUGUGUUUUCAUGCAAUGCAAAAUCUGAGUAAUUGGCCAAAAUAUGCAUGUGCUGAUGUUAAACUGUUCAGGACAUUAACCCGAUAAAAGAAAACCAUUUAAAGAGUUUGCGUGACCAGUAUAAGAUUGUGCUCAUUGAUGUCAAAUGCCAUUUGUUCUUGGACACGCAAAGUUAUUAAAUUGUAUUCCUUUCACUAACAAUACGUCAUCUGCUGGAUCGUGGACAUUUUUCAAAAUGUAUCCUUUUGUGUU